AUGCCUCUGGGGAUGAAGAUCUUUUACUCGGCUACGAUGCCUCUGGGGAUGAAGAUCUUUUACUCGGGUACGAUGCCUCUGGGGAUGAAGAUCUUUUACUCGGGUGGGAACUUACACAUUCUGUCUGAGACUGAGCAGCUCAAGGCUUACCUGACCUUCAAUGGAGGUGUCAUCAGAUCUACACAGAGCUCUACUGAUGCUGCUAUGAUUGAUGAGUGUAAGCAAAUGUCUAGUAUCAUUAUUCUCCUAGCUAAUGAAGGAGCGCACCCGUCUACGGCUGACGUCCAUCUGUGCUCCAGCUACACCACCCAUCCAUGGCUUCUUGGGGAGGCUGAAUACAUAGUGAAGUUUGAGGUUCUGGCCAAAAACAGCUCAGCUCAUCACAUGUCAUUGUACGGCUGCGGGGGAGAGCCAGCCAGGAACGCUGAUGUAUGGAAGUGUCCUGGUGUCUGUCAGCAGGGCGUAUCAGAAGUGUUCCUGUUUACCUGGGCUCACGGUGCCCCAUCCACAUCUCUGCCAGACGACGUUGGUUUUAAAGUCGGGAGAGGAACCGGGAUCCAAACACUCGUGUUGCAGACUCACUACCCGCAUUCCUUUAACGAAUCUGCACCGACAGACUUCUCCGGAAUCCGCAUCUAUGUAACAUCAGAACGACAGACAUACGCAGCCGGGGUAUAUUUACUGGAGAGUAUACGGUUUACCAUACCGCCGAAUACAGCCAAUGCGCAUGUCGAUGUGAGCUGUACCUACCACGAACCACACCCGAUGUACCCUUUCGCCUACAGAACUCACUCUCACGGUCUAGGGAAGGUGAUCACUGGCUACCUGUUCAACCACACGUGGCAUGAGAUCGGCAAGGGCAACUCAUUAGGGCCUCAGACAUUUUAUCCUGUCAGUGGCAGUUAUAUUGUAAAGUCUGGCGACGAACUGGUUGCCCGAUGUACCUACGACUCCCGAGGUCGCGACACAGUUACCAACACCGGACGUAAAGAAUCGGAGGAGAUGUGCAAGUUCUACAUGAUGUACUACACCAACCCAGCGUGGACAUAUCUCCGGGGCACUGUAUGACGAACCAGCAUCCUGAACGUCUACAGACCCCUCCCUGGCCACGUCCCUCUGUCCCCAGCACCGACAGUGGACGACCUGACACACAAGGACAGUUACCAUCAGCAGCCCUCCACGGAAGCUGGGACAGAGGAGAGCACAGUAAAGACGGUAACCCCAGCCGUUCCUCCUCCUCCCUUUGGUGGUUGAUGCUUCCUGGCCAGCACACAAUCUGACCUUUGGGCAAAGUAGUGGGCGUGGCCACAGACAGGACGGCAACGUGUACAUCUUCCACAGGGAUCAAGGACGUGGACAGCUGGAACAUUUGACAAAGACAACAGAAUGGUGUCCCCAACGCCAAUACCCGAGGACGUCAUCUUGGUUGUCAACCGACAAGGGAAGCUGAUGAGAAAGUUCGGCAGAAACCAGUUCUACCUGCCUCACGGUAUCGAGGUGGACUCCCGGGAAACAUCUGGGUCACCGACACAGGACUGCACCAGGUGAUGAGGAUACCCCCGGGUGGCACGCUGCCCGACAUGGUGCUGGGGGAGCGGCUGGUGCCGGGUAACGACACGGGACACUUCUGUCAGCCUGCGGACGUCGCUGUUCUGGAGUCCGGGGACUUCUACGUGGCUGACGGGUUUUGUAAUGGCCGUAUUGUGAAGUAUUCCAGCAAUGGCACCUUCAUGACCCAGUAGCCGUCCGGCCGACAUCAACGAUGAGGGAAAGUGUUGCUGUGACAAAGAGUCGCCGGGAAUAUUCGACAUCGUGCCGAGCAUCACCGUGGCCGAGGACAGGGGGCUGGUCUGUGCGGCUGACUGUAUGCACGGCCGAAUACAGUGCUUUCAUCUGGACGGGGGGUUUCGCUUCAUCGUCAGCAGUAAACAGAUGGGGCCGUAUGUGCUGGCCACGGAAUACUGUCCUCUCCAUGGGGGAAUCCUGUUUGUCGUGAAUGGGCAUGACUCACGUAAGAAAGCGCCGGCAGUCUACGGCGUCACCGUUGCCAUAGAUACAGGAGAGGUGGUGCAGCAGUGGGAUACCCUUGAUGGUCCUCAGAGCCCCCACGAUGUGACGGUUGACUCCACGGAUCACGACCUGUAUGUGGGAGAACUUAGCCCGGGUAAAGUGUGGCGUCUCAGUAUGAAUAAUCGUGAAGAAUCAGUUGCAAAGGGGAAUCACGUGACCCUAAUCGUGGUGGCUGUGUUGAUCACGUUGCCGGUUGUCUGUGUCGUCAUUGGCCUCGCCAUCAGCAGUUUCAUUGAUUCAGGGUAUUUGUCCUGUUCGAGGUGCAGGAAGUCUUUCAGUGUUGUUGGCAAGUCUCACCGGGGGUUCACGCUGUUGGCCAGCGAAGAUGAUGAGUUCUGUUCAUGUGACGAAUGACGGUGUUACUUUGAAAUGAACACACGAUAACCCACAAUG